AGUAACUCCAAAAACUGCUUUUCUUAGUUGUCAAAUUCUUCCACACUCUCUCUCCACAGAAAGGCAUAAACCCCUUUUAAGCGUUCUUCAUAGAGUUUGUCCUCUUUUUCUUUGUGACCCCAAUUCGACUGACUGGAUUCCAUAAGGUUUCUUUGGUGCAGGUGUAACACUAUUGGCGUUCUAUGUUUACGAGACCAUGCAGCUAUAUCAUCAUCCUUUGUCCUUGGACAGCCAGAAGGUGAGACUUACUUUGGAAGAGAAAGGCAUUGAUUACACGUCGCAUCAUGUGAACCCUUUAACGGGCAAGAACAUGGACGCGUUUUUCUUCAGUAUGAAUCCAAGUGCAAAAAUUCCUGUGUUCCAGAAUGGUUCUCACAUCAUAUAUGAUACAGUUGAGAUCAUUCAGUAUAUCGAAAGAAUUGCAGAAAAAGUGUCUUCUGGUGGAAACAAUCUGAACCUCAGCAGCAGAGAAGUAGUUGAAUGGAUGCAUAAAAUACAAGAAUGGGACUCAAUGUACUUUACCCUUUUCCAUGUCCCUGAAAAGUAUCGGUUAUAUGUUUCGAAAUUCCUGAGACGUGUAAUAAUUGCCCGAAUGGCUGAGUCUCCUGACUUAGCAAGUGCAUACCACUGCAAGUUAAGAGAGGCAUAUGAUACUGACGACAAGUUGAAGAAUGCUGACGUUUUGAGACGAAGCGAGGAUCAUCUAGUAAGGCUUCUUGAUGAGGUAGAAGUUAAACUUGGUGAAACAUCAUAUCUAGCAGGGGAAGAGUUCAGUCUAGCUGAUGUAGUGCUCAUUCCUGUUCUGGCUAGAUUAGAACUCUUGAACUUGGAAGACGAGUACAUAAACAGUCGUCCAAACACAGCAGAUUACUGGAUGUUGGUUAAGCAGAGACCUAGUUAUAAGAAGGUGAUUGGCAGGUACUUUGAUGGAUGGAGAAGACGGAAAACAUUGCUGAAAACAUGGUGUUUCAUCCGUAUCAGAAGUAUGCUGCGAAAAUAUUGAGAGCUCAAUGUGCAGGUCAGAGGGGGAAAAUCACUUGAAUAGUGCAGCUAAACUCUUUUCUUGUUGUCCAGUUUACUAUCUCCUUUUUCUUUUCUUUUCUUUUCUUUUUUUNUUGUUG